GAUCCUGAUCUACAUGAGGAACGAGAUUGUUUAAGCCGAAAACUUUACCUUGGAAUGUUGCAUCUGCGAAUUCUCAUUGGUGAACAAGUGACCAUAACGUUGUGUUGUGUCGUUGUUGAAGCGUGGCCAUGCGACAGAUCCAACAUGAAGUGACUAGUUAACCGAACCUAGAUAGAUAGUUGGGAGAUCAGUGAAUGGGACCAUUAUUCCCAACUGGUUCGUGGCAGCACAUGCAUGUGCUUAUUAUUAAUUUCCUUAGGACACAGUCUCAACAUUUUGCCUCACCAAAGCCACCACCAACUCCAUCUCCACAUAAAUGACCCUAACUAUGUUAUGUAAUGAAGAGACCACACACACAAUAGGGUUGUCUGUUCCUGUGAUGGAGGUUUUUUCUUUAUAAGUCCCAUUGAAGGACACAAUUUUCAUGUUUUGUUUUGAGGACGGAUACAAGACAUGGGGGAAGAAAAUGAAGAAGGAAGAUCCUUAGCUGAAACCCCCACAUAUGCUGUGGCAACUGUCAUCACUGUCUUGGUUUCUCUCAGUUUCUUGUUUCAAGGCACGUUAAAAAAAUUAGUAAAGUGGUUAGACAAAACCAAGAGAAAAUCUCUGCUUUCUGCUCUGGAAAAGAUCAAAGAAGAAUUAAUGCUUUUUGGACUUCUGUCAUUGCUGAUGGGUCAUUGGAUUAUUUUUGUGGCAAAGAUUUGUGUUAAGUCAUCGGUAUUGAGCAGCAGAUUUUUUCCAUGUGCAAUGGACAAGAAUUCUGCGAAACGUAUUGUUUGGCCAAGUUCAGAAUCUAUAAAUAAAACAGAUUUCAAAGGACUAGAGAUCUCUGGCCGGCAUAAUUAUUGUCCUGAGGGUCAUGAAUCAUUGGCUUCUUAUGAAAGUCUUGAACAGCUUCAUCGCUUUGUGUUUGUUCUUGGGGUCACCCAUAUUACCUAUAGCUUUAUUGCUGUUGCCCUGGCCAUGAUCAAGAUAUAUAGCUGGAGAACAUGGGAAAAUGAAGCAAAGACUACUGCUAUACAAAGCAUACAAGAUACUCCACAAAGUACAUCAAGCAUAAGAUUGAGGCGGCUUAGUACAUUCAUCUUUCACCGUACAUCCCAUCCUUGGAGUAAUCACAAAAUUCUAGUUUGGCUGCUAUGUUUCAGCCGCCAAUUUUGGAGUUCCAUUCACCGAGCUGAUUACAUGGCAUUGCGCUUAGGCUUCAUUACCAAUCAUGAGCUUCCCCUAACAUACGAUUUCCACAACUAUAUGCUUCGAAGCAUGGACGAGGAAUUUCGUGACAUAGUUGGUGUUAGUGUGCUUCUCUGGGUAUAUGCCAUCUGCUGUAUUUUUCUAAAUUUUCACGGAAGCAACUUUUACUUUUGGCUUUCCUUCGUUCCAGCAAUUUUGAUCCUCAUAAUUGGUACUAAAUUGCAUCGAGUGGUGGUAAAGUUGGCUGUUGAAAUUGUAGAUCGUUGCCCAGUUAUCAAACCUCACCGGUUUAACUUAAGAGAUGAGCUAUUUUGGUUUGGAAAGCCUAGGUUUCUGUUACGGUUAAUACAAUUGAUAUCCUUCUUGAAUGCAUUUGAAAUGGCAACAUUCUUAUGGUCCCUGUGGGAAAUUAAAGAUCCUUCUUGCUUCAUGAGCAACCACACAUUUAUCGUGAUCCGCUUGUCAUUCGGGGUCAUCUCCCAAGUCUGGUGCAGCUUUAUAACGUUUCCUCUCUAUGUCAUCAUCACACAGGUCAAGUUCUUGCUACUAAAAAUAUUUUGGAGCCUGCACUGCUGCGCCAAACAGUUAAUAAUGGGGUCAAGGUUCAAGAAGACUGUGGUCACUGAAAAUGUAAGAAAAUCACUCUCUAAAUGGCAGAGAAGAGUGAAGGACAGACAAAGUUCCUCUUAUGCAGUCCUUACCGCAAUAUCAGCAUCGUCAUAUGGAACUGUGUCUAAUUCCCGUGCCUCAAAUAGUGAGGAAGGAAGCUGCUCAGGGAUUAAAGAUAUUUGUCUUGAUAAUGUGUCAAACACCCAAGAAAAUGCACCAUUUCAAAGUUAUGGAGAUCAUCAUGAUCAUAAUCAUAAUGUAAACGAUGAUUCAUCUUCCCCUCCUCCAUCUUGAGAUUGCUUUUCUUGUGCUGUGGACAGUAUGAUGAAUUUAAUUGGAAUAUUUAUUUGUAACUCCAUCUCAUUUUUAUUUGGUGGUAUAUUGUUUAA